UUAUAUUAAAAUAAAAAAGGCAACACCGUACAGUGUUACCACAAGGAAAGAAACAUUUAUUAUGCUUUUAGGAUAUUUGAAAGAUAAUAUGGUUUAAUAUCAUACAAAAUACUGAAAUUUAAAAAAUAAAACGGAUAUCUUUAACUACUAAGUGUGUUAGUUAAUUACAAACAAGUAUUACUUAAAUUGUAAAAAAAAUGGGUUGGCCUUAAUUUAUUCCUUAUUUAGCAAAGUUUCCCAAUUUUCCGCAGCAUUGCCAAUCGCAACUCAAGAAGGAAGAACAAAUGAGGGUAAGGCAGAAAGCAGAGAUAAAGCAGAAUGAAAGCAAAUAAAAUAAAAUAGAAAAUUAUGAAGUAGAUCAGUAAUGAAGAGAAGCGUAAGCAGCGAGCAGCGAGCAGAGCGUAGAAUAGGUCGUUGUGAAGUUACUGAAAAUUCGUUUGUAGUAAAAAUUUAGAGCAAUUAAAGAAACAUAGUUUACGAUAACUUUUCUAAAGUUUUAAAAGAAAAGUAUUCAAAUAAAAUAUAUUGAUAAUAAAUAACUCAUAAACACAUAUGAGCGCAAAGGGAAAUAAAGUAAUAAGAGAACGUGAAAAAUCGAAGUGAAAAAGUGAGUGGGGGCAGCAGCCUCAGCAGCGGUAGCAGAAGCAGCGGUAGUCAAUUGAAAAGAUUGGUACACCAAUUGGAGAUUUCGUCCUCAUCAAGAUAAAUUGAACCGAAGAUAAUAGGAUAGAUUGAAACAUAAGAGUGUAAAUAAGAGAAGUGGCUGCAUGCGGCGUAUAUAAACCAUAUUAUUAUUUGGUCAAUAAGACAACUGCUGAACAACUGGAGUGUUCUUGGUGGUAAUUAAUAGUUAUUAUCUAGUUUGUCAUCCACUGCGAUGGCAGUGAAAGUGCAAUUCGAGAUCGGUCAUACAGCGAGGCUGCGAAACAAAAAAACACCAGAAGGCUUUACCCAUGACUGGGAAUUGUACGUGCGAGGUGUUAAGGAGGCAGAUAUCAGCACCUACGUUGACAAGGUCGUUUUUAAUUUACACGACUCUUUUCCAAAGCCAAAGAGGGUUUGCAACAAGCCACCAUACGUGAUAACAGAGUCCGGUUACGCAGGAUUUUUGCUCCCGAUCGAUAUUUAUUUUCGCAAUCGCGAUGAGCCAAAGCGUAUACAAUUCACUUACGACUUAGAUUUGCAACAGACUGGGCCGCCACAUCAUCGCUUUGAAGUGCAGAAAUUUGUAUUUGAUCAUGUUUCGGAGGAUUUUCGUCAAAAGUUGCUCAAAGGUGGUGGCAUACCAGUGACUGGCGCGGGAAUGGUUGGAGGUGCCACCGUUCCAUCUACAAAUAACACCCCAAAUGCCGUUAUUAGUGACGAAGGCGGUGGUAUGGUUAGCAAGCCGAAGCUGAGUAGCGGAGACUCAAUUGGUGGCAAUAGCGGUAAAAAACACAAAACUCGUAUAGAUGAUUCGAAGAGUAAUUCAUUUGCAAACCUAUUUGGUGCACCAAUUAAAAGCGGGUCUAGUAAACAUUCGCCUGAUGGGAAAAAUAUUAGUUUGAAUACGGUUGGUGGAAAGGGAACUCCGAGUACAAGCAACGCAAGUGGUAGCGGUGCUGGAACUGGAGGUACAGUCACACCCAACUCUGGAAAUAUCAACUCAAACAACUCCAUUGCAAAAGAAAAAUCUAGUAAAGAUCGAGAAAAAACAAACUCUUCAACGUUGGCGAGUAAUAGCAACGAAAAGAGUCGAGAGAAAUCUGAUAAGAAAGAAAAGCACAAGUCCUCAUCCAGCCCUAAUAAGGAAUCACGUAGUGAAAGUAAGAAAUCCUCUGGAGAUAAUAGCAAACAUGAAAAACGUGAGGAGUCUAAAUCAAAAAAGGAUAAAUCGCGCGACAAGGAGCGGGAGCGUAGUCGAGAGAAAGGUUCAAGCAGUGGCACCAAACGGUCUCUAAGUCCAAAGACGAAUGCCCGCGAUGCUGGUGCGCCGAGCCCAAAGCGGCCCACACCGCCGCGAUCAUCUUCAUCCGCAAGCGGACGUGUAGAGGAUAUUAAAUCAGCUGGUAGUAGUAGCAAAACUGAGGGGAAAGAAUCAAAGUCUCGCGAAGAAAAGUCCACUUCAAGUGGUAAAAAGUCUAAGAAAGAAAAGAAAGACAAAGACAAGGACAAGGAACGCGAUAAAGAGCGACGUGAUGAACAUAAAGAAAAACAUCGUAGUGGGGAUGGGAAGUCAAGAGAUCUAAAAGAAGAACGCCACGGAAAUAUAGUAAAUAGCAGCAGCAAUGCUGUGACGAUGGCUACAACACCAAGUGGAAACGUUAUUUCGAAUGAAGCUAAAGAUAACAAGGGCCAGCAAUCACCAGCAAAUUUCAGCAUCAAGAAACCAGAUAAAGAUGCGAAAGAGAAAACAGAAGCAGUUAAAGGGAAGAAUAAUGAUAAAAAUAUAGACAAAAUAUCGACAAAUCCAACAACUACACAAGUAAGUGGUGCGAAUGCCGCGACUACCAGUGGAGAUAAGAAACUACCAACCAGCUCAAAUAAUCAAAGCGAAAAGGUAGAGAAGGAAAAGGACAAAGAUAAAGAAAAGGAUAAGGAAAAGAGGUCUCAUAAACACAAGAAAAAGGAUAAGAACAAGGAAAAAGAUAAGGAACGUGAAAAAGAGCGUGAUAAGGAGAGGCACAAAGAAAGAGAGAAGGAAAAAGAGAAAGAGCGCGAUAAAGACCGAUCUGAGGAGAAGCCCCGUUCCGAAAAGCACACAGAAACUAAUUCGAAUGGGAAUGCAUCCUCAACGGGAGUCGCUUCUACAGCUAUAACCGGAUCCAAAGCAGCGUCUCUGACUGCGGAGACGACAGCACCCCAAAAUGAACCCCCUAAGUCUGAAUCGAAUAGCGUAACCCUGUUUUCGAACUCAACAAACAACUCUACCAAUUCCAAUAGCCUAAACAACAAUGCCAAUGGAUCCGUACCAAUUGCGCCAACUAAGAAGUCACAAAGCAGAGAUAGGAAAUCCAAAGAUAAAUCAUCCAAAGAGGAGAAACGAAAUUCAAGCGAAUCGGGUGAAUUAGAAUCGAGAGGCAGUAGUAAGCAUGGUAACAAAAGCGCUGGAACCAUUAUACCAGCAACCACCAAUACAACUGCGACUGCUUCAAAUACUACAGGCAAUACCAGCAGCAAAACCGUUGACGCCAAUGACACUGGCAAGGUGUCCUUACCAGAAGACGCUGCUUUAUUGACGACAACAUCUGCAACAAAUUCAGCGACUGCCACAUCAACUGACACCGCACCGGUCGUUAUGCAUUCAGAUAGUUCAAACAGCAGUUUUCCGGACUUAACGCCGAAACCACCUGCGCCCAGCAAAGUAACAUCGCUAAGUACCAAAUCGGAUGCAACACCAACAGAAAAGCCAGACAAGAUUACUAGUAUUAUCACCAAAGAACACAAGCAGCGCGGCGGCGAACGUAAUUCAAAAACGAAAGAUAUUAGUGAUAAGACCGAAAAAGUUGAUAAAAAGGUUGAAAAGGAAGAAAAGAAGCGUCGGCGAAGCUCCGUUGCAGCGAGCACCGUAUCCGCUAACUCCUUCUUAGAACCACCGCUCAAGCAAGCUAAAAAAGAGUCUAAUAAGGCGGCCCGCGAACAAACAAAGUCUCCCGCAUUGCGUCAAAGUCGAGCAGCAAGUAUAAGUGGUCCCAUCGGCAUCAACAAUGGCAACGACAAUGGCAGUAACAGCUCCAAUGCGACUGCGCAAAACAGCAAUUCUAAUACCACUGAUGCAUUGAAUAGUGGUGGCGCAUUUUUGCCACCACCCAACAAUACGACCGGUACUAGUGUAACCAGCUCUCCAGCUACUGCAGCUAUUGCCAGUAAUGCCAACGCUAGUUUAAAUACUAAUAGCAUUGUAAAUGCAUCGACGACAGGUGCAGCGGCGGCAGCGUCACUUGCGCCACCUCAUCCAUUGCGACCAGCUUCACCGACAGGACCGGUGGGAGCGUUGGCUGCAGAGGCAGCAGGCGCUAACAAUGGUUCAACACCGACACCGGCAUUGCCAACUGAAUAUCUGAGUGAAUUACAGGAAUUACAUCAUAAAAUAAUGACGCUACAGGACAAUGAGGAGUUGCAGCAAGUAGUCGAGAUGAUCGCUGCCACUGGCUGUUAUGAGAUUACCGCAAAAACUUUCGAUUUCGAUCUAUGUAAGCUUGACCGUAGCACCGUGCAGCGUUUGCAAGAGUUCUUUGCAACGUCUGUGUCGUGACACAAGAUACACGCCUAAGGUGGAGAAGUGCCUCCCAGCAUUGACUGCUGGAUAAUAGCGGAAAGUGGCAGACCGACUGUACUGGUACUAGACCAGCUCGAUAGUCUACCAUCCAACCAUUCAAGCCUAACCAGCUGCUAAUAACGAAAAGUAAAAUAUUCAGAUAUCUUAAGUACACUUAGAGGCAAGUUGCGGUGCGUUCAUAAAAGUGGGAAUAAUAAAUUGCAGCGUUAUAGGGAAAUACCGCAGUUAGUUUUAGCAAUAAUUUAUAAGAUAUACUGACGCAUGUAAACUAAUGUUGGGCGCGUUCCAAAAAUAGAGACUAUAAUCCGCUAUGGAACCAAGGAGAAUUUCGGUUUUCGUCCAAAAUGGUUUUGGCACACAAUUAUAAUAUAAAGACGUUGCUAUAAAAUGUGUUUGCGUGUGGAAUGUAUUAGAUACCAUCAAUAAUGUAUAUACAUUAAAACUAAAUGAAGCUCAAUGACCAUUACAUUUUAUACUAUCAUCAAUCGAAUUAGUGAGUUUUAUAAGAAAUUAUUUGGUUUAGGUUCUUGUUACUUUUCUGACGAAUUCGUCAUAAACGCGAGCAUACAGGUACAGAAGAUAUACACAAAUAUACAUUUAGUUCUAAUUACCACUUUAAUGCAAUAAUAUUAUGUACAUACGUAUGUUUAAUCACUUGUAAAUCAGCGAAAAAUACAAGAGAUUUUCAAUUGACGCUGUAUUUUUGUUUUGUUUUAGUAUGUACUUCGCUUGAGUUUCUUAAUUAAACAAGAACUCUCUACAAAUGCGAAUCACCUGUAUAUAAACUUUUUACAUACAUACACGUUCCGUAUACGUGUGUACUUUAAUAGAUACAAGUAAUGCGAACGAACUGUUAUAUUAAAUAGUUUUUAAUCUAGUAGUGAUUUUUUCUUAGAAUCUUAUAGUUAUAAUUUUUCACAAUUUCACUCACAUACUCUGUGGUAACGCUAUGGAGAAAUCAUUAACAUGACAAAAUUAUUGAGUUAUGCAUUAUACUGUAUAAAGAUUUUGCAAUAAAAUUAAUAAUAUCCUUUGUUCAUUAUUCAUAGACUCUAAUCAAUACACAAAAAUGCUGUAUCAGCUAAAAAUGUUUGUAUAACAAUGAAGAAAAUAUAAAUAAACCUAGAAUGAAAAAAAAUUAUAUAUGAAUGCAUAAAUACUGAUUCUUAAAGAUACUGUCAUAAUGAAUUUGCUUAAGCAAAUUGCUGCACUACACAUAAAUAUUAACAUACGUAUGCACUUAAGGUUCGAUUUUUUGGCGGAUUCUAAAUGCAUAGGAAGUGUGCAAAAUAUGGUACCAAAUGUACACAUAUAGUGCACCUGUAGCUCAUCGAUUAAUCACAACUUUGUUCAUUCAGUUUGUUUGCUUACGCAUGCUAGCUUAUCGAUAACCAUGAAUUACAAGUAUUUUUCAUUUGACAGAAUUCAAAUUGGAAAUAAUGCAAUAUACAAGAAGAUAGGAUAGGCAUAUACACUUAGCGAUUAGACUAGAGUCAAUUUUUUCUAUAAAAUCGCGUAUGCAAGAAAUGUUCUACGAAUCGUUCUGAACAAUUUUGCCUAAGAAACUACGGGUCUAAAACCGGUUUCGAGUCAGCGAUUUUUACGGCGAAGUUUAUCUUUAUUAUAUUAUAAAAAUUUCUUCAUCACCUUUUGAGAUAUCCGAAUGAAAUUUAAUACAUACAAUUGAUCAUUUGUCGGAAUCGACCAGAUCGGACAACUAUAUCCCAUCUCCCAUACAACCAAUUAUUCAGAUAUUUUAUUUUUCGGUAGGCUGCCUUUAAUUAGAACACUAAGAGCUCGUAAUUUUGUAGAACUGUUCUCUAAUACAUGCGUCACAAUGACAGUGAAAAUAAGGAAAAUCAAACAACUAUCUAUGUAUAACAUAGGUAUAUCCCAUACAAAAAAGCAUAAAAUAAGUUUUAAGCGUAUUUUUAUAAACAUUUUUAAAGUUGAUUCCGCAUUCGAAAAAUGUUUUCCAUUUUAUUAAAUAUAAAUAUCAAUUAAAAGCUCAAAGAGACACAUGUUCUCUUAAAUAAUUGUUCGGCAUACGUGAUUUCUCGGUUUUUUAUUUUUGCUUCCUUUAAAUCAACCCACUCUAAUAUGCACGGGAAUAAUUGUGUUGAAAAUUUAAUCGUUGCCCAACUGUAGUUUUCGUUAUAUUCAAAAAGAUAAUUUAAAAAAAUAAAAUUUAUAGGUAUGUAAUAUUUGGGUAUACGUGCAUUAAACAAUAAACUAUUAAUGACAAGUUUAUUUUUCAUUAUCCUUUUCUAAUAAGCCAUACUGUCUAAUGCUUCUCUGCCUUCGAAGGUAGUUUAUUAUUAUUUAAAUUUUAUGUUCGCUUUCAUUUUCUAACAAGAAUUUAUUAUAACUACAAGUAUAUAGUUAUGUUACAUACCUUUUAAUCAUUCUAAAAUUUCUGUUAAAUAUUAAGUUACUUUGCUUAUGGGAGAGGAAAGUGUGAAAAAUCAUGGAGAUCUGCAGCAAUAUAAUGAACAGAAUCAAUAAAACCAAAGAAAAAACAGAAGCGGAAUUAACGUCAAUAAGAAUGACUUCAUUUUAUCAAUUCUAGUUUAAAUGGUUAUGAGUAAUAAGAAAGUUUGUUCAAUUUAGACGGCUCAAAUGCAUUAUACUAAGUAUAUUUUCAUAACACAAAAAUAUAUUUAAUUUUUUUAACUCAUCAAUAUUGUAAUGUGUUGUUUUACCAGAAAAGUAAAAACUAUACUUGAAUUUGUCAAAAUUAUAUUUUUCAUUUACAACAUAACAAAGAAAGAAGAAAAAUAGCAUAAUUAAAUAAAUAUAUUAUAUAUUUUAAAGCUAAGUAAGCCUAAGCUUUGUAAGCUGAAAUUAUUCGUUUCAUUGGAAUAUUUUCAUGUUUUUAUCCAAAAUGCUUGCCUAUAAACGUGUGCAAGUACACGCAUACAAACAUGAAUAUUUCGCAUGAAUGUAGUGUACAAGUAUAUAACAAAAAAUAUGAUGAUCGCAAAUUACAAAAAAAAAAAUAUUAAUACAAUAUAGUCUUAUAAAAACAGAAAAUUGUCAAACAAUAUGUAAAAUUAAUAUAUAUUAAAUAAACGUGUUAAUAGAACUUACCGAAUUUACUAGAUAUUUUCAAACAUACACACAUACAGCAAUAUUAAUAUAUGCACAUAUGUAUGCAAUAAAAAAACGAAAAAUGUUGUUUUCGAUAAAUUUUUAUUUGAAAAGUUUCACCAUUUCUGUUUCUGUUAUGUUAAUAAUUAUAUAUAAGCGUAAAUGUAAUUGUAUUACUUAAAUUAUAUAGCGGUUGCUUCGCCCACGCGCAGGCUCUUAUGUAAUUUUUCCUUUAAAAUAAAAAAUAUGUAAAACUA